AUGGCCACACUUGAGUUUCAAGGAUUACAAGCUGCUCAAGCAGAGGAGAAAGAUGAUGGAGAGAGAAAGAUGAGGAGAAGGAGUUGUUGGUUCUUUCAAAGAACAAAGUCUGGGAAAGAGCUACCAAAAGCUUACUUGAAAUCUGCAAGAGAGGUCGUGAAAACGAUGAGGGAUUCACUUAAAAAAACCCAAAAGACAAUGCCAAAUUUAGAAGACGCGCCGAUUCCGUCAAGGAAUCGAUUCUUGAUUUUGAGUAACUGGAGAGGGCAGAAGAGUGUUGCUGGAGAAUUGAUGAGUGAAGAUGAAAGAAACCAUUUGAUAUGUGUUCAGGAUGCUAAAACGUAA